AUUUACUUUUUUCUAUUUAUGAUUGUGAAGUUGGUUUGCCACAUAUCAUAUGACCAAGCAUAUAUUUCAAACUAGUUAGAAAAAAAACAGAAGAAGUAUGAAAUUCUUGCAUUUGUAUUUCUGUUAUCUACUUCUUUACACACUCAUACGUACUGGCCACGCAACGAUUAAUUUGCGAAGCUUGGAGCGUUCUUCCUCUAAAAAGAAGGCGUUUUUUCGUCGAGUAUUCCGCGGUAAGUUCUUGGACAAGCCAGAUCUUGGGCGGAGUAUCGUGGAGAAUUUCAGAGAAUGUGGAAUUCUAUGCUUCAGGAACACACAAUGCAAUUCAUUCAAUUACCAAAGAAGCACCAAGUACUGUGAUUUGCUUCCAGUAGAUAAUAUGGACGUGAAGAGGAGCGAUUUUGUUAAUAAUUCGGAUUGGGAUUAUUAUGAUAGUUUGUCACAAUUCCCGUAUGAAAGUGCAAAAAAGCAUUACAGUCUGAAUUUGUCAACUCUGGCUGGUUUUACCUUAAACCAGUUGGUCAGGCUGGAAUCGUAGGAGUACACUGCAGAAAGGAGGAGACGGGAUACUAUGUCGACAU